AUGUCAAGCGCUGCUGGUCAAGUCAUACGUUGCAAAGCUGCUGUGGCAUGGGAAGCUGCGAAGCCACUAGUGAUUGAAGAAGUGGAGGUCGCUCCUCCUCAAGCUAUGGAGGUUCGUUUGAAGAUCCUCUUCACCUCCCUCUGCCAUACGGAUGUUUACUUCUGGGAAGCCAAGGGGCAAACCCCAUUGUUUCCUCGCAUAUUUGGUCACGAAGCAGGAGGGAUUGUUGAGAGUGUUGGUGAGGGAGUGACAGAACUCAAACCUGGUGAUCAUGUGCUUCCCGUCUUCACAGGAGAGUGUAAGGAAUGCCAACAUUGCAAAUCAGAGGAGAGCAAUAUGUGUGAUCUUCUUAGGAUUAACACUGACAGAGGUGUGAUGCUGAAUGAUGGAAAAUCCAGGUUUUCAAUUAGAGGGCAGCCUAUUUAUCACUUUGUCGGUACCUCAACCUUUAGUGAGUACACUGUGGUUCAUGUUGGCUGUGUUGCCAAGAUCAAUCCCGCAGCUCCUCUUGACAAAGUUUGUGUCCUCAGCUGUGGAAUCUCUACAGGUCUUGGUGCCACCUUGAACGUUGCAAAACCCAAGAAAGGCUCAUCGGUAGCCAUUUUCGGACUAGGAGCUGUAGGCCUUGCUGCUGCUGAAGGGGCUCGAAUUGCUGGUGCUUCAAGAAUCAUUGGUGUUGAUCUGAAUUCCAAUAGAUUCGAUGAAGCCAAGAAAUUCGGUGUCACAGAGUUUGUGAACCCAAAAGAUUAUACCAAGCCUGUUCAAGAGGUGAUAGCUGAAAUGACAAAUGGAGGAGUUGACCGAAGUGUCGAGUGCACUGGAAGUAUCAAUGCCAUGAUUUCUGCAUUUGAAUGCGUCCAUGAUGGAUGGGGUGUGGCUGUACUUGUUGGCGUGCCAAACAAAGAUGAUUCUUUUAAAACCCAUCCAAUGAAUUUCCUGAAUGAGAGGACUCUCAAGGGUACCUUCUUUGGCAACUAUAAACCGCGCUCCGACCUUCCUUCUGUUGUCGAAAAGUACAUGAACAAGGAGCUGGAGCUAGAGAAAUUUAUUACUCAUGAAGUCCCUUUCUCUGAAAUCAACAAGGCUUUUGAGUACAUGCUUAGUGGAGCUGGCCUCAGGUGUAUCAUCCGUAUGGAUGCAUAA